AUUAUAGCUAAAUCCAUCAUUACCCUUCUUUAAUUCCAAUUCUUGAAAAAAAAAUCUAAUUUUUCCAAUUCUUGAACUUGUUUUUUUCUAAAUUUUUCUUGAACAAUUCUGUCUGCCACCCUCAUCCAGGAGGGAUGGAGAUAGAAUUAGAACAAAAAAAACAUAAAAAACUUAUUCUAUCUUCGUCUUCUUCCAUGGCUUUCCUCCUCAUUUUAACUCUCUUUUCUUUUCUUUCCGCUGCCGCCGCAGGCGGCGGCGCUAGUACAUUUGCUCCGGCUGAUCAGAUUCUUAUCAGCUGUGGCGCGAAGAGCUUGUCUGCUAUUCCUGACGGCAGGGUUUUUAAAACUGAUCAUGAGGCUCAGAGUUUGCUUCAGACUGAUGAGAAUAUUUUAGUUUCGGUUCCGGCGGCGGAUGUUCCGUCGCCGAUUUAUCUCUCCGCCAGGAUUUUUGUUAAGGAAGCUGUUUAUGGGUUUACCAUGAAGAGCCCGGGUUUGCAUUGGGUUCGGCUUCAUUUUUACCCGUUUAAUAAUACGAGAUUUGACCUUCAAACGGCGACGUUUUCGAUCUCGGCGGAUAAAUAUGUUCUGUUGCAUAAUUUUAAUGUUAAUAAUCAGAGUAAGCCUUUUCUUAAGGAGUAUUUAAUUAAUGUGACGGAUCCGAAAUUUUCGUUGAAGUUUCAACCUAUGAAGAAUUCUGCUGCUUUUAUUAACGCGAUCGAGGUCGUUUCCGCUCCGGAUAUUUUGGUUGCUGACGAGGGAUCGAGUUUGUUUCCGGUUUCGAGCUUUUCGGGAUUGACUAACUAUGGAUUCCAAGUUGUUUACAGGCUGAAUGUUGGGGGGCCUUUGAUUACUUCACAGAAUGACACUCUUUGGAGAACUUGGGAGAACGACAAGCCGUUCCUGAAGGAUCAAUCGUUGGCGAGGAGCGUUUCGAUUCCGACUAGCUCGAUUAAAUAUGGACCUGGAACGUCUCCGCUUGUUGCGCCAGCGACGGUUUACGCGUCUGCGCAGGAGAUGGCUGACUCGAAAACGGCCGCGCCAAAUUUUAAUGUUACGUGGAAAUUUGAUGUUGAUACAGCUUUUAACUAUUUAGUUCGGUUGCAUUUUGCUGAUAUCAUUAGUAAAUCCCUCAAUGAUCUCUAUUUCAAUGUGUAUAUUAAUGGAAAAACCGCGAUUUCGGGGUUGGAUUUGUCGUCCAUUACCAACCAAUUGGCGGCUCCAUAUUUCAAGGACAUUGUUGUCAAUACUACUCUUAUGUCUAACGGACUCAAUGUUCAGAUCGGUCCGAUGAACGAGGAUACCGGCUCGACAAAUGCUAUUCUGAACGGUCUUGAGAUUCUGAAAAUGAGCAAUUCGGUUGAUAGUUUGGAUGGUGAAUUUGGAGUUGAUGGUAAAUCUGCAAUUUCCAGCAGGAGUACGGUUGCAGCAGUCGGUUUCGCUAUGAUGUUCGGCGCGUUUGUUGGUCUCGGAGCAAUGGUGAUCAAGUGGCAUAAAAGGCCUCAGGAUUGGCAAAAGAGGAAUAGCUUUUCGUCUUGGUUGCUUCCGAUACAUGCCGGUGACACUAGCUUUAUGACAAGCAAGACAUCGCUCGGGUCCCACAAUAAGUAUUCGUCGACGCUUGGCCUUGGCCGAUACUUUUCAUUCUCAGAAUUGCAGGAAGCCACCAAGAAUUUCGAUCAGUCCGCCAUAAUCGGAGUUGGUGGGUUCGGUAAUGUCUAUAUCGGAACUAUUGAUGACGGUACUCAAGUUGCUGUCAAGAGAGGAAAUCCGCAAUCCGAGCAAGGAAUUACAGAAUUUCAGACAGAAAUUCAGAUGUUAUCUAAACUCAGGCAUAGGCAUUUAGUGUCGUUGAUCGGAUACUGCGAUGAAAACGAAGAGAUGAUCCUUGUUUAUGAGUACAUGUCGAACGGUCCUUUCCGAGAUCAUCUAUACGGCAAGAAUUUGCCUACAUUGACAUGGAAGCAAAGGCUAGAGAUCUCUAUCGGAGCUGCUCGCGGACUUCAUUACUUGCAUACUGGUACUGCACAGGGUAUCAUUCAUCGCGAUGUCAAGACUACAAACAUUCUGCUCGAUGAUGCAUUUGUCGCCAAGGUGGCAGAUUUCGGCCUGUCAAAGGAUGCCCCAAUGGGUCAAGGACACGUAAGUACAGCCGUGAAAGGAAGUUUCGGGUAUUUGGAUCCUGAAUACUUCAGGAGACAGCAACUAACCGAUAAAUCUGAUGUGUACUCAUUCGGAGUCGUCCUGCUUGAAGUACUAUGCGCAAGGCCUGCCAUUAAUCCACAGCUUCCAAGGGAGCAAGUUAAUUUAGCAGAAUGGGCUAUGCAAUGGAAACGAAAAGGGUUACUCGAGAAAAUCAUCGAUCCUGUUCUCGUUGGCACAAUUAAUCCUGAAUCAAUGAAAAAAUUUGCAGAAGCUUCAGAGAAAUGCUUGGCUGAACAUGGAGUUGAUAGGCCUUCAAUGGGAGAUGUUCUGUGGAACUUGGAAUAUGCUUUACAGCUUCAAGAAGCGUUUACGCAGGGAAAAGCUGACGAUGAAACAAACUCAACAGCAAGCGUAGCUGCUCCCGCUCCCGCUACUCCAACUUCUGAUGACCGUCCUGUUUCGGUUCCCGAAGAGAAUCCAAGUCCCGCUGAAGUCGAGGCAAUCGAUGUGCAUUCCGGAACUGCAAUGUUUGCUCAAUACGGGCUGAACGGAAGAUAAACUGAAAUCAAAAAACCGAGAUUCUGAUGAUGGAAUGAAGACUCCUGAAAUCUGAAACCACCUUUUCAAUUCUGCUGCUUCUACACUUAGCAUUUUCAGAGGUUUUUAAGGGCUAGGAUUUGCUCGUAUACUUUAUAUGUGAUGAUCAUGGUGUACUAUAUUCAUACUCUUCAAUUUGUCUGUUUUUUUUUUAUUUUUAUUUUUGUUGUUGUUUUUAGUAUUUGAUUUGGUGGUUAUAGAGAUAUAUGUAUGUAUUAUUAUGGAUUUAUUAAGUGAGAUGGAUAGGUAGAUGCAUUCUUGAAACUAAGUAUAAAUUAUGCAUAUGCAUCUAUUUUCCAUUUCCUAUUAUAUGUCAUGACCACAAUUUUGUACAUUUUUUUUAUUUCUUGAUUUAGCAUCAAAGGCCAUAUAAAUUAGUGCCUUCAUUUCU